AUGUACCAUCACAAUAUGGCCUCUAGAAACGGAGCUCUAAACAAGGUUCUAAGACAUGAAAUCAAGACUCAUAGAUACUUGACUUGCGUGUUGUCUAGAAACGAAGAUAAGAAGUUUAAUAUGUAUCCAGAACAACAUGACGAGAUUAAUUCAUUUACGGGUCGUUUUCACAAGCGGCACACAAUGGAGGAGAUACCGUAUCAUCCAUUGAUUGAGGUGACAAAUGAUGGCGUCAAGAAGGUACGGCAGAUGUGUGAUGUUGGUGAUCUGAAGCGUAUCAAAGAAAGUGUAGACGCUGUUGAGGAUUGGGUCAAGAAACAGGACCACUUAGCUGGGGCCAUACCUUAUCUUUCCAAGACCAUUAUAGAACGAGUUUUUAUUAUUGCCAAGGGUUCAGUGGAAUUAACAAAAAAGAGGGUAGAGAGACUGUUGACGACACGAGGAAUGAUGCCAGAACUUUGCUUGAACAGGACCGUUGAAGAGUUUGAAACCCAAUGGGAUUGUGUAAAUUACGUUCCUCUGCCAAAGCUGAACCCAUCGGAUAUGGCCAGAGUAAUGAUAACCCAGUUCACUACAGAAAAGCUGGAGCCAUUCAGCAUUUUGACUUAUUUUAGAUAUUGUUUCUUGAUAGGAGAAUACAGGAUAAACUACGAUUACACUCCGUCCGAGCGUUUUAUUAUUGAUCUCACAAAUAUACAUCUUGGCCUGCUCAGUAAAUUGAACCCUAUUGUCAUCAAGAAAGCGGAAGUUCUAUGUACAGAAGGUAUCGGCACUAAAAUCAAAGGAAUCCACAUUCUAAACGCACCACCGUUCAUCGACAGACUGGUCUUUCUUCUUAAGCAGGCUCUAAGGGAGAAAGUUGCGAACAGAGUUCAUGUUCACAGUUCAUAUGAAGAUUUACAUAAACAUAUGCCUAAGGAGAUACUCCCUAAAGAUUAUGGUGGUGACGAACAAUCGAUUUCAAAAUUGAGUAAUCAAUGGAAAGAAAUAUUAAGAGGAGAAGAAGCGAGGAAACUUAUUAGUGAUUCGGAAAAAAUAGUCAGCGAUGAAUCGAAGAGGCAUACAUCUAAAUUUAACGAAGAAUAUUUGGGCAUGCCUGGUUCCUUUAGAAAAUUAACCGUUGAUUAAAAAGAAUAUAAUUUACAUAAUGAAGGAGUGAUUGAAGAAUUGAUCACAAGUUUUGAAGAUUGGAUUCGAAAGCAAAAUCAUUUCAAAAAAAGAGAUUUUGAUCGACGUUACUUAGAAACAUCAAUAAUAUCAGCAAAAGGAUCGCUAGAAAGAGCUAAAAAUACUUUAGACAAGCUAUGUUCUUUGAAAUCUUUGCAACCACAUUUUUUCUCCAAAUGUGAUGCCAAAAAGGAGCUGUCAGAUACUUCGGGACUCAUAAUACAAGGCACCAUGCAAAAAUUGUUACCGAAUGACUACAGACUGUAUUUGUUAAAAUUUACUUCUGCUGAUUUUAAUACAUCAACGUUCUUGGAUUUUCAAAGAUUCACCAUUUUGAUGAGCGAAUAUGCAAAAUUAUAUGAUUAUUCUAUGGGCUAUACUUGCGUCAUUGAUUGCAGAGAUGUAAACUUAAUGUCGCUUUUGCCUAAGAUUAAUAUCUUAGAUUUGCGCAAUGGAAUGACAAUUUUAAUUGAAGGCUACAGCUUGAGAAUCAAUGCGAUUCAUUUGAUCUCAGCAUCGAAAGCUGUGGAAGCAUUAGUGGCUCUACUAAGACAAGUUAUCAGUGCUAAAAUAGGGAAUAGAAUCCAUGUGCACAAAACUCUCGAGUCACUAUAUAAACAUAUACCAAAAGAAGCAUUACCAGAAGAUUUAGGGGGUAACGAGAAGACUAUCAAAGAAGUUUAUGAAAACUGGAAGAAUGUUCUAAGCUCAGAGGAGAACGUUGCGUAUUUCAAAGACAUACUCAGGGCUGGAACUGAUGAAAAAUAUCGACUAGUCGAUAAGUACAAUGACCAGAUAUUGGGCAUGCCGGGAUCAUUCAGAUCACUAUCAGUUGACUAG